UGUGGGCUGCAAAAAAGAGUUCACGCGCGUAUAUUCGAUAUUUAGUAGAUAUGUUUAAUACUCACAGAACGAAGGAAUUUGAACAUGGAUGUAAGUUUAAAGUGAAUUUGUGAGAUUCUACAAAGGAUUUAAAUCAUCGACGGCCUAUAGGAAUAUUAAUUACCAGUAAUUAAGCAUGGUGGAAAGUUAGAAAUGGUUUAUAACAACCAGUAUUUAUUGUUGGGAUUCAUUAUCAUCACUAGAUUCUUCAGGACAGGUUGGUCGGCGACAGCAAGUGACAUGAUCCGCUUAAGAAAGUCUUUAUUUGGGAAUUACAGUAAGGAGAUUGUACCGUUAUAUAAUCAGAGCGUUCCACUUCAAGUACAGAUGUCUUUCUUUCUUAUUAUGAUACAUGAUCUGGAUAUGAAGAAUCAAGUUUUGACUGCAAGUGGUUGGUUGAAAAUAGAAUGGUAUGAUGAGUUUUUGAGAUGGAAUCCAGCAGAUUAUGGCGGAAUUGAUGAACUUAUAGUUUUUCAGAGAGAAGUUUGGUUACCUGAUUUAUUUGUUGAAAAUACGGCUCAGGAUUAUAAGGAACUUGGUAAUGACGCCAUGUUAAUUUCAGUCAGUCACAGAGGGAAGAUAUUUUGGGAGCCUGGUAUUGUGACAGAAACCAGCUGUGCCGUGAAUAUUGGAAGAUAUCCGUUUGAUUCACAGUCUUGCGACAUAAGAUAUUUAACAUGGAUGCACACAAAUCGCACAUUGACUGUUGAACCCGAGUUCAAAACAAUCGACUUGGAAGCCACACUACCGAAUGGAGAAUGGGACAUUGCUAGAACGGAAGCACUGCCAUAUUCGUACCCAUCAACCUACAAACAAGGAACAAGUCACACGGGAGUUAAAUUUUUCGUUUAUUUACGUCGCAAGAGAACAUUUUAUAUAUUAAAUACUAUUAUACCAGUAGUGAUGUUAUCACUAUUAAAUGUUUUAGUAUUUAUAUUGCCUGCUGAUUGUGGUGAAAGAAUGGCUCUAGCAGUCACUGUUCUCUUGUCCUUUACAGUUUAUCUGGGAAUUAUCAGUGACGUCAUGCCAAAGACGUCAGAAAGCCUGUCCUUGUUAGCUGUUUACCUCACAACACUUCUUUCUCUCAGCACCAUUUCUGUUGGCUGUGCUGGGGUUGUUCUUAACAUACAUCACAAAGAUCCACGGACGGCCGUACCUCGGCUUGCUCGUAUUUUAUUAGGCGGAAGCGGUAAACACAAUUACAAAGCGCUACACAGGCGUUCGACAAUACGUGACAAAUACGUAGAAAGUGACAGUUUACGUGACGUACAGGAUACUGUGCAUCUAAAUAUGAAAGAGAUGGUUAGUGAUAACAAACCCUUAGAAAAUGGCGACGCCGACAAUCAUAAUGUUGAGUGUAAAACCACGUCAUCAACGGCGCCGGAAUGUCAGUGGCUGGUCAAAGAUGGCGAGGAUGUCAGUAAAAAACACUAUGCUACGUGGCACGAUAUCGGCAAGUCAUUGGACAAUAUCUUAUUCUGGAUUUUUUUCAUCAUUACGGUAACCGUCACAACCACUAUGUUAUUGCUAUUUUGUGGAGUGCAUGGAUUCUGACAUCUAUUCAAGGGUAACGACACUUCAGUUGAAAGCGAAUAUUAAAUCCCAUAGUCAGUUAGUGAACAAUUGGUCGCGAUGAGGAAGAGUAUGAUAUGCUGUUUAAUAAUUGGGAAUAGCCUUAUGCAUAGUCAACAUUGGUAUUAUAUAUUUAUAAACGCCAGAUUGCAGUAAAUUCCAUGACAGUGUGGUGAACAAGAUAGGUGUUUCGAUUAGUCUAUGGUUCAGAUCGUAAGUUAUCAAUGGAGACCAAAAAGCACCUUUUAAACUAUUACUUACUGUUUGUGAAUAUAUUAUUGAAUUAGACACCCAUGCAUAUAUUUAGACGUUUUAAAUAAAUACAUAAUAUGUACAUGUUGUAUAUACAUACACACUACAAAUAAUCACUUGUUGAUGAAGGGGUAUAUACCUUAUUAAGUCAGGUAAAUUAAAUGUUGAAUUACUGGUGGUGCAAGGUUUAUGCGGUGAGAUGUUUUUGUUUCCAAAGACUGAGCCGAAGUUGGUUUGUUUAAUAAUUUUAAUUACAUUUUACAUCUCGACUGCUGAACAGACAAAGUCAUAUCUCAACAUUGUCUUUAUUACGGACGUACAAUCAACACAUACAAUACAGUCAAAUGGGCAAUCAGAUUUUAAGUAUUGUGGCACAUGUUGAAUAAUGUAUGAUGAAUUGGUCGUGUUAAGUUUUCAAUCUGUUUAAAACACAGUUCCUAUUUCGUUUCGUUUUUAUAGUUCAAUAUUUCGCGUUACUUGUCUUUACUACACUAGGAUCUAGAAGAGUUGUUAUCAUUGAAGUGUUCUGAAUGGUGUGAGGGAUUAGCCAAUGAAACGGUCUGGUCUGUUACUGCGAGCUUUAAGCGUGUUUUGCGCGGAACUGUGGGUAAUCCACUCGUAACAUCAAUGCUGAUUGGUUAAUCAUAUGUCUGACGUCAUAGGGUCAAAAGCCGCUCGUAUGACCUCUGACGCGACCUAUCCCUACGACCGGUCAGAUCUUCAUGUAGUGUAGGCCAUCAAAAGUAUAAAAAAAACGACACGAAAUAUAGUUCUGUAUUUUAAUCAGAUUGGUUAAGUUGUCAAAUGUCAACAGAAUUCGAUUUACGGUGGUCAUACAUUUUCCGAACUGAAAACACGGGUUGCCGUUUACCCACAGUAAUAAUAUUGGAUCGGGUGAAUGUGCAUUUUGCCUAACACUAUAUGAUUACAUACGACAGUGUAUAGCUUUAAUAUUUAUUUAUAUGGAUACAUUAAUUAAAUUUUAUAUGAAUUGUUUUAUCCCAUUAAAUUUAACUCCAGAAAACAGUUUUGUUAUUUGUGUUCAAUUUAAGAACUCUAAAUGGCACUGACAUUCUGAUAUUCGGCAGAUGACAAUGUUACAUUUGAAAUAGGGUAAAUUUAUAUAGUAG